AUGACUUUACCAGUGCCUGCAGAUCGCGGCCAUUCGCAACCCCCAACGCGCGAUGAACUGUUGUCUGCUCUCAGAGGCCAAAACCUGAGGGUCCCAGACUUGGCGCCGCUGCUUGCAGGAUGGCCGAACGACGUCAGUCCACAUCUGGACAUUAUAGAUGUCAAAAUCCUACAGAUGAUUGAAUCGCAUGCUGUUAACGAAACGGUGCGAACACGUCUGAACAAAGCCCAACUCUCUGAACAAUUGGCCGGAUGGUAUCCCUAUGCAUCACACGAGAGGCUGGAAAUCUUGACGUCUUUUCAAGUCUGGAUGUUUAUCAUCGAUGAUCUGCUAGAUCAAUAUUCUAUCGUCGAACAAUUCGAUUACGACAAGCUACAAACCCUUCUGGACGACUGCGAGGAAUACGUCGAAAAGAGCCUCGGCGUAUCAAGCCAAGAGAUCGAGACAUCGGCUCAAUAUCAAGACCACGAUGCGAUACUAUCAUUCGAGGAAUAUGCGUCAACCGUGCGCCGUAUCUACAGCGACAACCCAAGCUACCGCAAGCGCAUUGCGAAAGAGGCGAUCGCCACUUUGAAGGCAUAUCAAAAGGAAGCUCUCAAUCGAAGAAACGCGCAUCUUCCUCCCCUGGACGAAUAUCUUGGCUACCGGCAUGAGUCUUCUUGCAUGAUGCAAGUCGUGACCAACCUCGAAUUCGCGAAUGGAAUUAACUUGCCUGAGCACGUCAUGGAGUCGAAGGAGAUUCAAGAUCUGUAUCAAGCGACAGUCGCUGUUAUGUGGAUCGUGAAUGACAUCGUCAGCGUGCGCAAAGAGAUUCAAGAGGGGUUUGUUGAGAAUAUCGUCGUCUUGCUGGCGGACGGCGACAUGCAACGAGGGCUUGAUGCGACGAUCGACAAGCUGAAAGGUGAGAUUAACAGAGUGAACAAAGCUUCUGAUGCAGCUGCCACCCGCUUUGCUGGUGAAAGGUUUGCGCGCGACGUCGCGUUGCUGGCGAGAAAUUGCAAGAAUAUGUGCCUGGCCAAUUGGUUCUGGAGUGUCAAAACUCCAAGAUAUUGCCUACACGAUAUAAAGCCGGAUGUUGAUGGGGGCUAUAACUUUACAAUUGAUCAAAUUGCCGAGGGGACAUCGUGA